AUGGCCGACGCUGACGAAGACGCGAUUUCAUCGGCUUCCCACCAGCCUGAGGCCGACGACCUGGAAGAUGAAACCCAGGACUUUCGAUUUCUCGCCCAACUCACUGCAGCCGCCUCGAGCAGUGGAGCAGCCGUUGUGGUCCCGAAGCGAGGCACCAAGGACUUCGAACCAAAUCCUACCCGGUCGCAAGCCUCUGCCCUCGAUGCCUCCCGUCUAGCCAUGCACAAUGCUCUCAGUGCACCCAGGAUUCAUUCAGGGAGGGCUCAUGUCAUAGGCCAGUACCUGUCGGACGAGGAGCAAUGGAGGUGGGAAGAAGAUGGAGUCGUAAGGAGGACAGGCAGAUGUGUCGUGAUUCACAAUUUCAAGAGUACGCACUCUAAGAAUAUGGGUCAAGCGGACAGGAACAAUUGGAUGUGGCUACUCCCGGAAGAAGCACUCUACUUGCUAGAGCGCGGGAGCCUGGACAUUCGAUGGCCGGAUCUAGACGAGAUUUCCUCAGAGGCAGAGAAUAUCAGUUGUGACCAGACAGGGAACAUCUCCCCAGAAGAGAACUCAGAAAAUCCUGAGAACGCGGAUCAAGACAAAGUUGGUCAAGUCCCAGAAUCUGAAAAAGCUCCAAAAGAUGGGGAACUUCCCAUGAGUCUCCAGGGCGCAUACGCUAGUUUUAUCGGCAAAGACGGGCUUACUCUGGAAAGGUACAACGUCUAUGCUGGACUGAAGAGGUCGGGGUACAUUGUUCAAAGAGCCCCAACAUGGCAUGACAGCGAUUUCCGAACUGCCAACGGCAAUGCCAACCCUGAGCUCUCGACAGGAGGCCAGAAUGUAUCCACAUCGUUGUCCGACUCUCAUGGAGAACAAAGCUGUAGGUCUUCAACCUAUGGCCCAGGAGGUCUCAUCCGCAGAAUCUGUUCCUGGUUGUUCAUGCCUCAGCGAGGAGAAUCCUGUCCAUCGUUUGGACCGCUUGUGGCCCCUGGGUUGUACCGAAACUAUGCAGACAUAUUCCGCGCCCUGACCUUGAUUCCCUUCCACAAUCCCAUUUCUUCCUCCCCCAGAUCUAUCGAUGGCUCACACUCGACGACAGCUCCAGAGCCAACGUCGGCUGUAGCAAGCCGCACCCCGCAGCCACCCUAUCGCAUCCACAUGUACGCCUGGAAACCCAACACAACCUACAAGAAGACCGCACCUCCACCUCCAGACUACCGCAUCUGUGUCCUUGACGCCCGCUCGACUGCCAUGCCCACUCUCACUCAAAUCGGAGGUCUCCUCGACUCAGUGCCAGAAGAUUCAGUUUCAAAGGAGAAAGUCGGCAGACUGGAGGCCCGAAUCAAGCAUGGCAAGAGGAACCUCAUCCUGGCUGUGGUCGAUUCAGGGAUUGUUAGCUAUCUCAGAUUGAGCGAUGCAUGUUUCGGAGCGGACAAACUGUUCGAGCAAAAGUUCGGACGUACAAAGGGCAAGGGCAAAGGGAAGGGUGGUGGUGCUAAGCAAAGGCCACAAACCCAGCAGAAGUGA